GGAACGAAAGGGACAUGCGCGCGCACUUCCUCCACAGCUUCUCUUCGGUCUGUGUUGAUGAUAGCGGCUUCUGCUUCUACACGUGCACUGUUUCCUAUGUGAAUCUCUCUCCUUGGGGUUCUUUCAUAAGCUCAUCCUGCUCUGUCAGAAAAGGUGUAAAGCCAUAGAAACAACCAUGGGGGCUUAUCUGUCGCAACCUAACACAACCAAGACCUCGUCCGAUGGCGGCAACAGCAAAAUGAGUUUCGGGUACUCUGCCAUGCAGGGCUGGCGGGUCUCCAUGGAGGAUGCUCACAACUGUAUUCCAGAGUUUGAUGAGGAGACAGCCAUGUUUUCUGUAUACGAUGGACAUGGAGGAGAAGAGGUGGCUCUGUACUGUUCAAAGUACCUUCCUGAGAUCAUUAAGGAGCAGAAGACCUACAAAGAUGGCAAACUGCAAAAGGCUCUUGAAGACGCCUUCUUGGCCAUUGACAAAAGAAUAACCACAGAGGAUGUCAUCAAAGAGCUGGUCCAGAUUGCUGGAAGGCCAACUGAGGAGCCGCCUGUUGAAAAGGUGGCAGAGGAGGACGACUUGGAGAAUGAGGAGGCUGCCCUGCUCCAUGAGGAGGCCACCAUGACCAUAGAGGAGCUGCUGGUCCGCUACGGCCAGAAUCUCAAUGCUGUCAAGCAUGCGAGUGCCAUCAGUGCGGCUGCUAAGAAAGCAGCCAGCGCACAAGCUGAAAGCUCCGGAGAGAAAGAAGAAGGUGGGAAAGCUCAGAAGAAAGAGGGGUUGAAUGGAGAGGUGGAGGAGGGGAGCAAUGGGAAAGGGAAGGGAGGUGAAGGAUCAGCAUGUGGGUCCAAGCUGAGAGCCUGUCGGAGAGCAGGGACAAGUGAAGGCAGCACUGCAGCAGCCGCCUGUGGAGGCUCCGGAAGCUCAAACGGAGCAGAAAAGGCCGGUAAAGCAGAGGGAGAUGCUGGCCCCUCGUGCUCCUCUCUGUCCUCAAAGGCCGCAGGAGACUCCAAGUCCAGGUUCUUUGAUGACAGCGAGGAGUCUGAGGAGGGAGAAGAGGAGGAGGGCAGUGAUGAAGAAGACGGCAGUGAAGAGGAGGAGGGUGACAGCAGCGAGCUGGAAGAGGAAGAGGAUACAGAGGAGGGAGAGGAAGACUCUGAAGAUGAAGAAGAAGAAGAGGAGAUGUGUCUACCUGGAAUGGAUGGCAAAGAGGAGCCUGGCUCAGACAGUGGAACCACGGCUGUCGUUGCGCUCAUCAGAGGAAAACAGCUGAUCGUGGCCAACGCUGGAGACUCCCGCUGUGUGGUGUCUGAGCGAGGCAAAGCUGUGGACAUGUCAUACGACCACAAACCAGAGGACGAGGUGGAAUUGGCUCGCAUCAAAAACGCUGGAGGGAAGGUGACCAUGGAUGGACGGGUCAACGGUGGACUGAACCUGUCCAGAGCUAUCGGUGACCACUUCUAUAAGAGGAACAAAGCUCUGCUGCCAGAGGAGCAGAUGAUCUCUGCCAUGCCAGACGUCAAAGUGUUGACACUUAACGAGGACCACGACUUCAUGGUUAUCGCCUGCGACGGUAUCUGGAACGUGUUGAGCAGUCAGGAAGUGGUGGACUUCAUCAGCGAGAGGAUCAAACCAGACCAGAGUGGCAAAGUCAGAGCCCUCUCAUCCAUAGUGGAUGAGCUGCUGGACCACUGUUUGGCCCCCGACACAUCUGGAGACGGGACAGGAUGUGACAACAUGACCUGCAUCAUCAUUACCCUCCGGCCACAUCCCUCACCUGCUCAGUCCGACGACACAAAGAAGAGGAAGCAGCCCGAGAAGACAGAAGGGACUGAGCCGGAGGAGAAUGGAAACGACAGCAAAAAGGCUAAAAGUGACUAAAUGCGAAGAGAAACUGUAACUGAGAGAGCAGCUUGUCCCUGGCUACCCAUGACACACCAGACACAUUCUCCUCAACUAAAUCCUGACCUCACAAAAACAUCAAACCACCCUGAAACAGAAAUGACAAACGCUACAUGCAGUAGCUCUAUGAAUUGGCUGAAGUAACAUCAUCAAUGUAGUUUUGCCCUCUGUUCAUGGUGAAUUCUUUCUUUAAUCCCCUUCCGUAGUUUCUGUUGUUUGCUCUUGUUGGAUAAAAGCUGGACUUGCUGUACUACUUCAGUGGAGGCAGACUCACUGGCAUGCUGAGUAGCUUCUCAUUUUCAAUCUAAAUGAGGGAAGAUGCAGAGCGAAGCUGCCUGCAGAGAUUAGUGUAUAUUUCUAAACAUGUUGGAGACAUCUCUCCACAUUCAGACGAUCUGCUCAAGUUAAAAACAUUUUUACCACGUGACGGUGUCACUUUCUUUUAUCCGCUGAGAUUUAAGAAUAGCUCUUGUAGAGACCUGUGUCUGAUUGCUGUUCACAGUUUACAGUGUGACAUGCAUAACUGCAGAAUUACAAUAUAAAUGUGUGUUUCGCUUCCAUUAUGAGACUUGCGCUAUGCCCCAUGUGGCGACCCGAAAUUACAAAGCUAUCAUUGCGUCCUAUCAAAGUGCCAUUAAGACCAUGAAUUCCUCUUGAAGGCAAGGCUUAAUGUCCUCCGAUUCGGUGAGCCCAGGAAAUGGACCCGGCAUGUCUGCAGAUAAAGAGGCAUUGCUUAAAGCUGCUAAAGGAGAUGGGUUGAGAGGAUGUUGGUGUCCUUUGUGAGAUGCAGUGAGAAUGUAAGUGCUAAUCCAAUUUUUCAUUGGUUCCCUGUUUCAGGUUCCUCUCUUAAUUUUGACAUCACACCAUCAAUUUGUGCGUGGUCGGGUCAGUGUGCGUGAGUCACAGUUUGGACUCCAGCAAGGGGAACUAAAGGAUUUGGAUGACUUGUCUGGCUGUCCUAGUUUUCCACACUUUUUUUGUUUCUCCCCAUUAACAUUCGUUCAAACCUGAGGAUAUUUCUUCAGUCUUUAUGGUCACCUUCAUCCUGUCUUUUAUUUUCCAUUCCUGCUUUAUGUCUCGUCUUGAUCAAAAACAUUUCCAGAGAAAAGAUGCCCAGGUUUUGGAGCUAGCUUUGUUUCAGCUGUAAAUUGUGACAACAAGAAUUGUGAGCGUGAGGUAGUGAAAAAGACCUGGACCGAUCCUCGACAUGCAGCUCAUGUCCAGACCUUUUAAUCUUCCUCCAUUAACGCUACCUGUCUGUCCUCCUUUUUCCAUCGUAACACCUUUUAAAGAUCACCAUAGGACAUGUGUUUUAAGUAAAAAAAACAAAAACAAAAGUAAUUCCACUCAAAAGCAUAUUUUUCCAUUUCUGAUGAAUUCAUUUUUUGCAGUUUUUAUAAAAAAAAAAUUGCGAGCACACUCUGAAAACACCCUGAGGUUGGACAGUGGGGAGGAUGCAUACGGUUAUUUUUGAGUGGAAAUACAUUUUGACUUUGAGAGCACCAAGACAGUGUAACUGUGUAGAAGAUUUGUUUUCUUUAUUUACAGAAGCUUCAUUUAAACCACGUUGUGUGACUGUAAGUUUGUCUAGUGUACUAUUUUGUCACCAUGCCCUUUUUUCUGUACAUAGUUUUUUCAAUACUUGUAAUUUGAAGAAAAAGAAAAAAGCUUUUUCUUUGUAAUUGUGAGUCGACGUGACAUUUUUGGUGCAUACUCUUUUGACACCAGUAUGUAAGUACAUACAAAUACAUUUUUUUAAAUAAUGAG